GCUCAGUUUCUAUUGCUGUAGAAUUGAAACCAGCUGUAAAACUGUCACGGGACGUAAUCUGAUGCUGCACCAUGUACCAAAAGCCACACCCACUGUAAGCAGAAAAACAGGAAACGUUUUUUGUUCAUCUAGCAAACCACAAAAAUCUAAGCUGUAGGGGAGUUGGAAACAGUUAGUCUGCAAGAUUAUCUAUCACUGACAAUUAUGGCUGAAUUACUGAUGACAGUGACAUUGCUCUAUGUCUUAAGCUGAACAUGUUAUCAAGUAAAAUGGACUGCAACUCUGCAGAUUUGGAGUGGCAGAAACUGCCUUUCAACACUUGGACUGAAUCUCAUGUGAGCUCAUGGCUGAAAUCCAUUGGAAUAAAAGAAAAUUACAUACUAAAGCUGAAUGAAGAAGAGGUGACUGGAUCAGUUCUCACAACUCUACAGAGGGAUUAUCUCAGCAAAACCAUUGGAAUGAAAAGUGGCCAAAUUGAACAUUUGCUCAAGAAAAGAGAUGAUCUAUUAAAGACAGAACAGAGCAAAACAAAUACAAAAACUGUUACAAGUAGCAAUGCAAAACAUGACAAAAAAGUAAAUGUUUUUGUGUCAGAAGGAACAACUGACAGGAAGGUGCAAGAUGAUAGCACUAAUGCAUGCAAUGACAUCGCAAAGUCUGGAGUGGGUUCCUGUGAGUAUCGAAAAUUUGACCAGCGUCCAACAAACUUCAGAUAUGUGAAGCACAAUUCUCUUCCCCCAGAGACAGGACCCGAAAACAUGAUUGUUCCAUGUCAUGAAUAUAAGUCACUAGAAACUGCACACAAACUGGACUCAAAAAGACUUAAAGCAAAAGUGUCAAGUGAAGUCCUACGAUUUGCAUGUGCCUGUAUGAAUAUGAGAGCCAAUGGAACAAUUCAUUUUGGCAUAAUGGAUAAUGUCAAAUCCACUCACAAACAUGGCGAAAUCAUAGGGAUACCUGUCAAAAGCCAAGACGAUUUUGUGGAUGCAUUAGAUUACAUCGAAAAAUGUUUUAAAGGCUCAAAUCACCAAAGUGAUGCUAGGAAAUGCAUCAGGAACCCCUGCUUCAUUGAGGUUCUUGACAAGGAGAAUGCUGAGAAGACAUGGGUUGUUGAAUAUGACAUUGUUCCAAAAGCCAGCAUUGUUAAAGAUAAACUAUACUCUGUUGGUGUCCCAAAGUUCUCUGAGAAAGAUGGCAAAGUGAAAUGUGAAGAGCAAAUCCCGUAUCACCGGGUCGGGGCCAACACACCACGGAUAUCUGAUGACGAACUAAUUCGUUUUAUUCAAGAUCUGAGAGAGAAGGACCAACAGAGGGAGGAGGCUGAGUCCUCAGCCAACCAAACACCUCUGGAAUUCAGAGAAGACCAAAAGAGAAAACUGUCCAUCCUUCUGACGGGAGGGAAAACACACAUGGACAAUUCUCUCUUUUACAUUGUUGUCGCAAAUAAAAUACAGCCAGAAGAUCUUGACAGCAUAACCUUCUUGGUUAACAUGAAUCUUUUUUGUGUGUUUGACUUUGAUCCUGAUUCUGAAACAUCUGGCCUUUAUGGUAAAUACAAGGAGCAGAAGGCUGUAACUCCACAUUUCCUCAAUGACUAUGAGAACAACAGAAGACUGGAAAAUGCUGAUCUUAUUGCUUCUUUGAAACUCUUUGACCGAGUUAGUUGGAUCUAUUGCAAUGGCCGAAACAACUUCCCUGGCAACAACGUUCCCACUGAUGAAGAAACUUGGAUCAAGACAAGAAAAAAAAAGAUGAAAAAAGCUGUGUCGCUAAUAUGCAACGAAAUCCUCCCCAGGAAUUCAUUCGUCGUUCUCUUUCUAUUGAUGUCUGAUGUUGAACAGCCUCUUGUUGAGACUUUUCACGAGUUUUAUGCUGAAAUGAAUGGGCAUGAUUGUUUAGUUGUCAUUGCAGAGUCAAAGGAAAACUAUAGAAAAUGGUCAAGUCUUGCUCAAGUCUCUUGUCCCAUUUCUGCACUCAAAAAAAUCAGCAUUGUUGACAUGCCACUGACUCAUGUGGAUGCGACAGUUCAAAGCAUUCAGCUAUCAAAGAACCAACCACAAAGGAAACUACCAGUCUCAAAUGGGGGUUUGUGUUUCCUAAAAUCUGUUGACGAGGCUAUGCUAGACUCUUUGGAGAUCAUCAGUGUUGACCAGUGUGAUGAGACAAACCUAGAAAUCAUGAGUAAUUAUGAAAUCAAAGAAACUGAGCUCUACUUCUACCGUGGUGGAAAAAUUAACUGGAUUAACUUCUGGCUUGCUGAAAAGCACAAAUGUGGAGUCAUCAUUGAACGGGAUGCCUACAAGGAAGCAAAUACAAUCCUGGACAAUGUGGUUCAUCGUCACAAAGCUGCACGUCCCAUUGAAAGUGUGAACAUAUAUCAUCAUCCUGGCAGUGGGGGAAGCACAGUGGCACGACAGAUGUUCUGGAGUAGAAGGACAAAAGUACGAUGUGCAGUUGUGAAACAGUCAAAAGAAGUCACUACUGUCUAUGAGCAUGCAGUGAAACUGAGGGAACAUGAUGAGAAUGACAAAAACAACUGUCUUCCUGUGCUCCUCCUGCUGGAGGACCAAAAUCCAGAUUACAUUGAUGAUCUUCGACGACAUCUUGGAAAUGUCAUUGCAAUCAAAAAGAUAAAUCCAUCUGUGCUGUGCUUCAUUCUGCUCAUCUGCAACAGAUCAAAUGAUCCAGAAAGAAUGUGCAGGGCAUCACCAUCUCAAACAGUAGCGGUCACCCACAAACUGUCAGAUCGGGAAAAAUCUUUGUUCCUGAACAAAAGUGAGGAACUCAAAUUCCAGUUUGAAGACUUGGACUUCAAUUUCAUCCUCACAUUUGUUCUCAUGAGCAAAGAGUUCCAACCAAGCUACAUAAAGGAUUUUGUUAAAAAUCUUUUAGAUAAAAUUGAUCAUACAUCACUGAUCACUCGCCUCAUCAGAUUUGUGGCUUUACUAAACUGUUAUGUAAAGGAUUCCUACAUUUCUGUGUCUCACUGUGAGGCAUAUCUUGGUAUUGGUCUGCAUGUGGUUGGAACUCGGUACCAUGCCUUUGUUGAUCAUCUCAGUGAUGAGGCCAAAUUAAUUUUCAUCCAUCUUAGAGACAGUUCAACACACAUCCAGUCAAUCCGUAUCAUUCAUCUGCUUGUGGCCAAAGAAAUCCUGAGUCAGCUCUCCGUUAAUAUGCCUCAAAGCUCUAUUGCCACAGAGCUCAUCAAAGAUGAUAUUCUCAUCAAUCAUAGGUUUGACAGAGAUCAGUUUCUUAAGGUUAUAAGAGCUCUCUUCAUUAGACGCAAUAAAAGAAGCAGAGGAGAUCCAAAGGACACAACAUUUUCUCCACUAAUUGAGGAAGUCCAAACUGAGGAAGGCGGUGUUCAGAAAGCUGUUGAAUUGAUGAAAGCUGCAUUCAUAGCUUUGGGAAAGGAUCCUUAUGUGGCACAACAACUUGCCCGACUGCUUUACACCCAUAAGAGAUUUGAAGAGGCUCUUGAGUGGGCAGAGGAAGCAAAAUCAUUGUCUCCCCAUGACACAUUCAUCCUUGACACACUGGGUCAAGUGUACAAGUGGUGGUUUUACCACUUGUAUGACACCCUUGAAGAAAAAGACCCUUCCCCAGAUAGGGGCGUUGAAAUCAUAAGCAUUGCCCUCAAAGGAAUAUCUGCUUUUCGAGCCUCUGAAAAAACACCAAAGAAAGAGACGGUCAUCCUUAACAGUUCAUACUAUGGGGAAGUGGAUGUUGGCUGCAGGCUGCUGAAAUUCUUGUCAGGAGUUGAUGUUUUUUCAAAAACAACUGGAUAUUCAGAGCUGAUGAAUUACUUACUAACAGACUACAUACCAGAAGAAGUCAGAAUACCCUGGCAGAAGUUUCAUCAGCAGCUGAAAGGGUUGGAAAAGAGCUUGAGACAAGCUCUGGAAUGCAUUUCUGAAGACCUGAGCUACUUUCAGACUGACAUUAGUGAAGAGGAUGAGGAACUUGAUGCAAGAGAUCCAGAGCAGGUUUACAAUCCAAGAGAAUGGUUGACAAGGAAAAGUGCUGUAUAUGCUGGAUUUUUCUGUGGCAUACAAGAGAAGAGCAAUAAAGCAUCUGAAAACCUGAGCACUGAUGUAAAAAAUCCUGGAAACGUACUCUCACCUUUCCAAAGACAGAUGAGGACCUACAAACUUGGAGGAGGGAAUGUUACAUCAAUCCUCUCUUUACUCUACGACAAUGACCGAAUGAGGGCUGGGAAAAAACUCGAAGAGAUUAUGAACAUGUAUCCAGAAAAUCUGACAUGGAAGGGCCUUGAUGAAGCAGAGCUCACUAAUGUCAUUUUUUGCCAGAUAGCUCUUAACUGUAUCCUACCUGGAUCCUCAAAGCUAUUAUCCCUCAAGCAAUUACAGGAUCUCAGCAAGGGAUUUAAGACCAAAGGAAAAUACAUGUCAUCAGCAAGUGCCCUCUUUCUUCUCUCUCUCCUGUUUUGGCCUGAGAACAGUAAAGAAGUGAGUUCUGCUGAUGCUCAGAUACUUCUGUUGGCCAUUGAUGCUCUUCAGAGAUUAUGUGAACAAAAAAUCCAACACAUGUCUCAAAGAAAAAGCAGAAUUGUCACACACUUCUUCCUGGCAAAGGCAAGAGGACUAAACAAAAUUGUCCACAGAAGUGCUAUCGAAAAGCAGAUCAAAGGAACUCUGAGUGAGAGAAAGUUAAAAUGGCUUGGAGGGGAAGUUUGGAAAACCAAGGAAGUUGUGCAGCAACUGAAACGGAUUGAAGGGUGGACAGAAAAUGAAAACUUGUAUGUCCAAUGUGGGCAUAAAGACAGCAAAAUAAGAGUCAUUCCUCGAUACUCUGCUUCUUUGCCCUAUGGAAAUGAAAAAGUCACUUUCUACUUAGGCUUUUCAUUUGAUGGUGUAGUUGCUUUUGACAUCCAGAUGAUGAAGUAACGUUAACUCAAAUUAAUCUUAUCUUAAAUUAUCUUAAUCUGGAAAAAUGCAUUAUCUGUGUCAAAAAGGUACAGCAACAUUAAAGUCAUUUCCUCAAUAUACAUAUUUGCUGACCAAAUUGAAUGAAUGUGAGGAGCAUAUGACAAAGUAAACUGAGAAGACUCAUUAGAGUAAACAAACUCCUUCAGAAAGAUGAUUAUCUGUGGAGACACAUUCUGAGUGAUAAGUUAACAGCUGUUUUCUGUGUAUGAGCAAAAAUGUAUGCACCAUAUACACUGUAAAAGAUUUGAGCUGCAUUGAGUCUUCUUCAAAUCAAGAAGAUUUGAAAGUUAAAGAUAAAGUCAAAUUUAAAAGUUUUAAUUUUAAACCUAUCUUUCACAAAUGUGUGAGUUUGUGAAAGAUAAACUUACAAUGACAAGUAACAUGCUGCCAAGCUCACUGGGAAAGAGUUCUUACUCCUGUCUCUUUCUUCUUUCAUUUAUUUUAAGUGCUAACCUAAAAACUCUACUUUAUUCAACUAUCGGAGCUUUGACAAAAUUAAUAAAACAUUUACGCAACUUACUAUUGUAAGUUUAUCUUUCACAAACACACAUUUGGUUCAAAAUCUAAAACUCACUAAAUUUAUUUGACUUAAGGAGUUGAAGAUGGUAGACACAAAUAAAUGCAGUUCAAAUGUUUUGCAGUGUGGAGAAAAAUAUUGGGCAUGGAAUAGAAUUUGAACUAAGUAUACAGCUAAACACAUUAUCCUGAUUUAGACUGAAUGUAUUUGGUGUUUUUAUGCAUUUAAUGCUUUUGAGAUUUAUCUUUUAAGCUUUUUGUCAAGUAGUAUUAUGACUUAAGAUUUUACUUUAUGCAUAAUUGCACAUCUCUUUAUAUAGAAUGAUUUUUAGUCUUCGUUGUUUUUUAAACAAAUUUUGCAUAACUCAUUGUUCUAACUUUAAUAAAUGUUAUUGUGUUUUUAAAAGAGCGUUUGUCAUAAUUUGUGAAGGUUUGAUCUUCAUUAAGUUGCAUAAAGGUUGUCAUCUAAAGAUUACGGUCCAACAAAAACUGAGAAUUGUUUAUAUUAUUCUUACUUUUAACAGAUACUAAAACAUAUUUUCAUUGCAGGACCUCUAAACAUUGAAAGCAAUCAAUGGAAAGUAAAAUGGGUUGAAUAAUUUCUGUCAAUGGGAUGCUGUGUUCUCUAUUUCAUUAAAGAUGAUGUUUAAAAAAAACAUACUCAAAGUAACAGCUGCUUGAUACUGGAGCAUGGUUUGUAUUUCAUUUUGUUUUUUUUCCCCCAACUUCAACCCCCAAGAUGUGAGUUUAAUGUGAUAAUGAAUAACCAAUCAAAGCCUGAUAAAACUGGCUGACACACCAGUGACAGGCCUUAAUAACACUUA